AUGCAAACAGCUGCCACAUCACCAGAAACUCAUGUCGUUACAAUAACACCAACAUCAACAACCAUAACAUACCAUAAAUCGCACAAUCAGAAAACACAUCAGUUGGAGCAGAACGUGGAAGACUUAACUGAAACAAUAAAGACAUUGAAACAGUACCACACGAACAAACUCAACGAACUGAACAAGCUCAAGCAACAAGAGGUCAUUGAUCUCGAAAAGUCCUACAAUUCGAAGGUUCCACAUCAUCAAUUUCAAAGUUUUUCCAAUGAUGCAGUAGCAGAAAAAGCAAGGCGGGAUGUGGUGGCAGAGGCAGUUUUUGAAAUGGAAGAACGAAUGAAGAAUGAGAGGGAAGCAAUGGAGAAACAUUACAAGAAUAAUUUUCAAACUAUUAAUGAGAAGACUAAUGAUAAGAUAAGAUCUUUCACAAAGUCCUACAGAGAAAAAAUUGAAAGUUUAGAAAAGUCUCUGGAAGUGAUUAAUGAAGAUUACAAGAUGACUACCAUAUCACUAAAUGAAAGUUCUGACAUGUUAAUUAAAGCGAGGCGCGAAUUCGAGCAGAAGGAGCAAAGUUUUCUACAAAAAAUUAAAAGUUUGGAGAUAAGUAAUCAAAAUCUCAAAGAGUUGGCAGUUAAGAGGGACAACGAGAUUGAAGAGAACAGAUUACAAUUCCUCGAACAAGUGACCAGCAUUAAGAGCAUGUACGAGGUCAAACUUCAAGGAAUGAUACCAAAUCCCAUGGUCCAGGUAUUCAAGAUUUUAUCCAAAUCUGGGUCUCAUCUGAUAGACUACUUUAAUAUUAAGCGUGCAGUGUACGAUAAGUGA